UCAAAUUUUGUUUGGACAUACGGGAUCGGCAGAUGCAUUGUGGGUUAAUUUAAAAAUGGCGGCACCCAUAUUGAAAUGGAAAAGGCUAACAAAUGCAUCGGGACCAUGCCCAAGACCUCGACAUGGACACCGUGCUGUUGCAAUCAAAGAUUUAAUGGUCAUUUUUGGUGGUGGAAAUGAAGGGAUCGUCGAUGAGCUGCAUGUGUACAACACCGCAACCAACCAGUGGUUUGUCCCAGCUGUUAGGGGAGAUAUCCCACCAGGAUGUGCAGCCUAUGGCUUUGUUUGUGAUGGAACAAGAAUUUUGGUGUUCGGUGGAAUGGUCGAGUAUGGAAAAUAUUCUAAUGAGCUCUAUGAAUUGCAAGCUAGUCGAUGGGAAUGGAAAAGAUUAAAACCUAGACCUCCAAAGAAUGGGGUUCCACCAUGCCCAAGGCUAGGACAUAGUUUUACCUUACUAGGAAACAAAGCUUAUUUGUUUGGUGGUUUGGCAAAUGAUAGUGAAGAUCCUAAGAACAACAUCCCAAGAUAUUUAAAUGACUUGUAUACACUUGAAAUGAAGCAGAACUCAAGUACCAUGUCCUGGGACAUCCCACCAAUAGUUGGUCAGCCUCCACCUCCCAGAGAAUCUCAUUCCUGUUGUGGAUACACAGAAAAAGAUGGGCGUCGCCCACGAUUAUUGAUAUAUGGUGGCAUGAGUGGAUGUCGCCUUGGAGAUUUGUGGCAGUUAGAUAUAGAUUCUAUGACAUGGACGAAACCAGUUAUACAGGGAAUCCCACCAUUACCCAGGAGCCUUCAUUCAUCAACAGUUAUCAGCAAUCGUAUGUUUAUAUUUGGAGGAUGGGUUCCACUUGUAAUGGAUGAUGUCAAAGUUGCCACUCAUGAAAAAGAAUGGAAAUGCACAAAUACAUUAGCAUCAUUGAAUUUAGAUACAAUGACCUGGGAACCUCUUGCAAUGGAGGUAUUUGAAGAUGCACUGCCCAGAGCCAGGGCUGGACAUUGUUCUGUGUCUAUACAUACAAGACUUUACAUAUGGAGUGGUAGAGAUGGCUACAGGAAAGCUUGGAAUAAUCAGGUUUGCUUCAAAGAUCUUUGGUUCCUAGAAACAGAAAAGCCUCCUGCUCCAUCUCGAGUUCAGUUGGUGAGAGCCAGCACUAACACAUUAGAAGUAUGUUGGGGUAGUGUACCAACAGCUGAUGCAUACUUGUUACAGUUACAGAAAUAUGACCUGCCACCUGCACAGGCCUUGACCCCUACUGCUGUACCUCAGACCAAUCCACUAACUAAAGCAAUUGCAGCACCACAGCAAACUACAACUGUGGUCAGACCACAAUCACAAGGAAUAGCACACCUACGUGCAGGGGCUUUGGGUGGUGUUUCCAUGACAACACCCCAAACCAUUAGAGUUACAGCAGUGGCAGCCAGACAGAAGACACCUAUCACUGUUAACCCAGCAGGAUCAGCCAUUAGAGUAGGGUCUCCACAUAUCGUUAACCUGACACAAGCUCAGAAAGCUAACAUGGUCUCAUCAUCUAGUGGAAUGACCGGUAUUGCAGCUCUUGCUGCUGCUGCUGCAGCCACACAGAAAAUACCUGGUACAACUGUCUCUACAGGUACUCAAAAUGUCUCGGGGAUUAAAGUGGUAACACCUACUAUCGUUACACCUUCAGGAAUGAAAGUUACACCUGUACAGAGUAGAAUAGGAACACCUACUCAGACAGUGAGAGUUGCUACACCAGGAACCACCAUAUUGAAAUCUACACCUGGAUCAAUACAACAAACUAUAGGAGGAAAACAAAUCAUCACAGUACACAAAGCUGGAGGAGGAUCAUCAGGGACAGGUCAUCCACAGAUUGUUACACUGGUGAAAACAAAUCAAGGCAUGCAAGUAGCUACGACAAAAGGACCUCUGCCACAAGGAGCCACUAUUGUCAAGUUGGUAACCACACAAGCAAGUGGUGCUCAUGGUAAACAAACAGCUAUUAUUACAACCAGUCAGCCUGGGCAGACACCUUCUACUAUUCUAGGAAUUAACAGUGUACAGCCACAGCAAGUAUCAUCCAACACUAGAACGAUAAUAAAGACCAUUCCUUCAUCCAUGUUGUCAAUGGCCAAGGCUGGCACUGGUACUAUAACAACACAAGCUGGAUCUAAAACAAUUGUCAUUGCAGCACCUAAGGGUAGCACUUCAGGUCUGUCUGGAAACCAGCAUAAAAUCAUCACAUCAAUGCCAAAGCUAGGUGGCACUGGAAAUACUCAGUUUAUUGUUGUUAGUCCACAGUCAUCUCAGGGAAUAUCCACAUCAUCAAUUACUGGAAAACCUUUAUCAGUAACGACACUUCCAGCAGGAACACAACAGCACAUUAUAUCGGGAUCACCAUUAGCUAAACCAGUCGUCAAUAUUAUAUCAACACAAGGAACACAGCAGUCUGGUGGAACAAUAAUUAAGACCAUAGCUGCCACACCAUCCCAGUCUUCAGCCACGUCAUUAUUAUAUACCACACAGGCUACACCAACUCCAUCAACACCUACUAUAUCCCUCAUUACACAGCCAUCAAUCUCUCAGUCUCCAGUCACAAUGACUACUCAGCCAGUAUCUGUGGCAGCUCAAGGCAUCUCAUCAACACCAAAACCAGUUCAGAUAACGAUAACUCCAGCUAGUGCUAAACCAACGACAACAGCUCCAGUUGUCUUAACUCAGGCCGCUACAACACAGCAAGCCCCAUGUACAGAUGGUCAUAAUUGUCCGGGAGAUGAAACUCAGCCACCAGCUGUUUGCACAGACGGCCAUAAUUGUCCGGGAGAUGAUCCACCUAAAGCAGCGUGUACAGAUGGCCAUAAUUGUCCUGGAGAUGAACCACCCAAGCAAGUGUGUACGGAUGGCCACAAUUGUCCUGGGGAUGAACCACCCAAAGAAGUAUGCACUGAUGGCCAUAAUUGUCCUGGGGAUGAACCACCCAAGCAAGUGUGUACGGAUGGCCAUAAUUGCCCAGGGGAUGAACCACCGAAAGCAGUGUGUACAGAUGGCCAUAAUUGUCCUGGGGAUGAACCACCCAAGCAAGUGUGUACAGAUGGCCACAAUUGUCCUGGUGAUGAACCACCCAAGGUAGUAUGUACUGAUGGCCAUAAUUGCCCAGGGGAUGAACCAUCGAAAGCAGUGUGUACUGAUGGCCAUAAUUGUCCUGGGGAUGAACCACCCAAGCAAGUGUGUACAGAUGGCCAUAAUUGCCCAGGGGAUGAACCACCGAAAGCAGUGUGUACCGAUGGCCAUAAUUGCCCGGGAGAUGGGGGAGAUGAAGUUGAUGGAACCCCACCUGGUGUAUGUAAAGAUGGCCAUAAUUGUCCAGGGGAUGAAAAUCUGACUCAAAGUGGAGCUUGUACAGACGGCCAUAAUUGUCCAGGGGAUGAAAAUCAGACUCAAAGUGGAGCUUGUACAGAUGGCCAUAAUUGUCCAGGGGAUGAAAAUCCGACACAAAGUGGGGUUUGUACAGACGGCCAUAAUUGUCCAGGGGAUGAAAACCCGACACAAAGUGGGGUUUGUACUGACGGCCAUAAUUGCCCAGGGGAUGAAAAUAAUCCAACACAAAGUGGAGUUUGUACAGAUGGCCAUAAUUGCCCAGGAGAUGAAAAUCAAGGGCAAACAACAGAUUCUACGCAACAAGCCUCUAUGACUGCUGAUAGUGCUAUAACAAACUCUGAUCUUUUAAGUAAUGUGCCAAUGAUUGAUCCAGUUACAGCCGCCAUUCCUUCACAGCUGACAUCACAUGACCCAGAACCUGAACCAAUGGAUAUAUCUGGAUCACAUGUGAGUGCAUUGCAACAACUGCAAGAACCUCUUGCCAACAUAAAUCCUACUUUACCAGCAGACAUUUUACAACCUUCUGAAGGUCAAAUAUCAAUGCCUACACAAGAGGAAGCUUUAGCUGUGACACAAGCCUUAGCUCUUGUGCAGGAUCAGGCUCUAGCUGCAUCUCAGGGACAUGCCUUAGAACUGCCUGAUCAGUUAAUGGCUCAGCCAGAACCAAAAGAUGAAGCUAUGGACACAUCUACUGGUUUACCUGCAAGUCUCCCCAAUACCAGUGCUCAACAGUUGACUGGUCCUGCAUCAGUAGAUAAUACAGCCAUGUCACUAGGACUGGUACCACCUACACAAGGAAUCCUCCGUCAGAUCUCAAGCUCAAUGGACUCGGAUCCUUUGUCAACCUUGGCAUCAGCAGCAAUUUCAUCCAAUUCAGCAAUAUCUUCUACAAAUGGCAUAAAACAAGAACCUGAUGCAACUAAUGCAAUUAAAAUAGAACCAGGAACUGAAAUCAAACAGGAAACUAGUACCACUCCAAUAAAAAUGCCAACCACUCCAAUAAAGAAGGAAGCUAACCAGUGGUAUGAUGUUGGUAUCAUUAAAGGAUCAUCAUGUCUGGUCGCACAUUUCUAUCUGUCAUCUGAUGGACUACAGGGCAAUGGAGAUGAUGUUGAUGUUGUAAGCAUACCUGAUCACAGUGUUCUAAAGAAACAAGAGUUACUCCCAGGAACAGCAUACAAAUUCAGAGUGGCAGGUAUAAAUGCUUGUGGACGAGGACCAUUCAGUGAGAUAUCUGCAUUUAAGACCUGUCUGCCUGGCUACCCUGGUGCCCCAUCAGCAAUCAAGAUUAGUAAGAGUCCAGAAGGUGCACACUUAUCAUGGGAACCUCCACAGAACACAGCAGGAAAAAUCACAGAAUACUCUGUAUACCUGGCUGUACGUAAUGCUGCAUCACAGACAGAUCAAAAACCAGGAGCUCCAGCUCAGCUGGCAUUUGUAAGAGUCUACUGUGGUCCUGCUCCAACAUGUACAGUGACAACAGCAAGUCUGGCCUCAGCUCACAUUGACUAUACAACAAAACCAGCUAUCAUCUUCCGUAUUGCUGCCAGAAAUGAAAAAGGAUAUGGACCUGCUACACAAGUCAGGUGGCUUCAAGAUGCCCAAAGUCCUGCCACACAAAAGGUUGCAGUGAAGAGAACAAUAACAACUACUGCUGUUACCACAGCUGAUGUACGGCAGCAGUUAGCUGGCAUAGGGCAAGUUAAAAAGAUCAAAACAGAAGAAAAUUAGUAAAAAAAAUAUAGUUGUUGUUAGUUAGUUAUAUUUUGUUAAAUGAAUGUAACUGUUAAGUUUGUAAUAUCAAAAAAUUGUGUUUAACUUUACCUAGAUAUCAACUGGUAUGGUUGUAAAUUAAAUUAGAGAAAAAACUAUUUCAUUCAACUUGUGCAUAGUUAAAUGCUACAUUGAUAUAUGAUUUAUCCUGCUGACACUAAUUCAUAUGGUAAUAUGUUUUGUUGAACUUGGUUGAAGAUACUAAACACUAGAUUAUUCAAAGGUUUUGUCAGAACGUGAAGGGUUAUAUAUUUCACAGUUGACUGAACUAAUAAUUGUACAUCUUGGGGAAUGUUUGUUUAUUUUUCGUCGUGACACUUAUUCAGCUUAGUUGUAUAUGAUUGGAAAAGCUGGAGGUUGCACAAACUGUUUGUUGGAUAAUUUACAGUCUUCAAUACUAGUGCUAAUACUUCUAAAUUGUUAUUAUUGUUGGUAAUGUUUUAAUGCUGAAAAUAUUUUUAAGUUUCUUUUUUCUAAUGUAGUCAUUGUUUUUUAAUGUAAUUCACCCAAAACAUCAUUUAAACAGAAAAUCUCUUCAUAAAUUUUGAUCAUACAUUCUUCAUGUAACAUUAUAGUGCCUGUUAAACAAUCAUAAAAUAUCAUUAACAAAUGAAGGAAUUUUUUUCUAAUUUUUUUAUUAUUUUUCUUCAAAAUAACAUGAUAUUUAUUUUCUUAUUUGCUUAAUUGUAUUACCGGUAAAACUAUUCUGUCAAUUGUGCAGCUUUUUAGAGUGUAAUGUAUUGAUUGACCUAUGAGUUUGAAAAGUUUAUUGUAGAAUAUUAUAUUUGUAUGAUUUUACAGAUGGCUAUGAUUGAUUGUUAUUUAUUUAGACGGAGACAUAAUGCCUAGAACAUCUUAGUUACUAUGUUGCAAAAAAAACGUUAUUUUGUGCAUAUUCUAAUAAUUUUCCUUAAUUCAAACGAAUUUGCCUGUUUUUUCAUCACUGACAGUCAAUUUGCAAUUUUGGAUAUUCCUUUUUUACCCUCUCGAGCAUUUUCCCACCAAUGUUUUUUCGGAUAUGACGUUACGUAAAAAAGCAAGCUAAUGUGUAUAAGUACAUGUAUAAUUCUUGUGGUUCUAUGAUAAUAUCCUCUAAUUUAAAAUUAUGAAUAAACAUGUUAAUGAUUUACAGCUUUCAAGUAAAAAUAAAUUAUGUUCUGUACAGAGAAUUUCAAUCCAAAUCUUUUUCGGCGUAACAAAUAUAUUAUGUUAUGGAGGGGUUUUUGCAACAUAACAUGAUAUAUCUGUUUAGAAGUAUUUUCUUCAAGUUGUGUAGCAACAUCUUCUUAGCUUGUUGCAAGUCUUUUAAAGGUUGGCUUUGUCUUAUCAUGCCAAAUCUGGUCUUCUAAAACAUACCAAAUGUUUUUGUGUAUGUGUAAGGAGGGUUGCCAUUCAGUUCAAGUAGGUAAGUGUACGUUUUCCUUGGACUUCAGCUGUCAAUUGCUUUCAAUCUUUAGUGAGUGCAAUUAUUGUUUCUUUCCAACAAUAUCCAUGGUUUGGAAAUUCACUUUUACUCUGCAUUAAUUCAAAUUCAGUGCAGAAUAAAUAUCAAAAAUAAUAAUACAAAUGAAAAUAAAUUGGCCUUUAAAAACAAAGCAAUAGAGAAUAACAGGCAUCUAAAUUAUUAAGAAAAGAUAAGAAUGGGGGAAAAAAAUAAGGAGAGGAAAAUGGUUGAUUUUUGUUUGUUAUAGAAAUAAGAGAUGAAAGAAUCCGCCCCCUCAGACCUUCAUUUAUGCUUGCUUCACUAUCAUGUGGGCACCAUGGAUAGGAAAUAUGUUCCUGAUCCUGAAUAUAUGUAUCUUAAAAUUAUAAAGAAUUUGUGUUAUCCAUCAAAUUUUAAUCUUCCCAUGUAAAUGUGUCUGUAAAUUGUAAAUUACUGUAAAUAUAAACAUGAUAAAAGAGUAUUGUAGUUAACUCUCAUUCAUUAUAUAUCAUCCUGUAUAACACCAUUAUUGUAUGUACUCUUGUGGUUCCUAAUACCAAUCAUUGUUUUUAAGUGUAGAUUCAGUAUAAAAUUAAUUUUCAAUUGUAAAGAACAUCUGAUAAACUUUUUACAAAAUGUCUGAUUCAACUGGUUAUAUUGACAGCUAUCUUUAAAGCAAGAAAUAAGAUGAAAAGGAAAAACAAAAUAAGUUGGUGACAGAUAAGUAAAUUUAUUUCUGUUCCUCCCAUUCAUAUGAUUUCUCUCCUAUCAAAUAUGAAAAUUUCUCCAUAAGUUAUCAUGCAGGCACUGUUAUUUUACAGCAAGACCCAAUAAUUGAUCAUAAUUUUUAUAUUUGGUAAAAUUGUGUGAACACAAAUGAUUGCAGGGUAAGGGUGCAGUAUUGAUAUAAGAUGGUUAGGGCAUUAUUUAGAUGAAAGAAAUCGAGAUGUAAUUGUAUUUAAAAUAUUAAAGAUGAUUCUUAUAUGUAUCCAUAAAAUGAAAUAAUAUGUCAACUUGUUUACUUGUAUAUUUUGUUUACACCAUUGUUGUAAUUGUAAAAUAUUCAUCUGUACAUUGCCAUCAACGUAUUGCUUUUAAAUAUAGCAUACAAAAUUUU